AGCUACAGGCCCCCUCCCACAUUAAAGAGGAGCAGCUUCAUGAUGAAGAUGAAGCUCAGUCCUUACAGCUUCAUCACAGUCAAAGUGAGGAGAACAGAGGGGCGGAGCUUGUAAGUCAACACAUCACAGAAGCUGAUGGAGAGCAUUGUGAAGAUAUCAAGUCAGAACCAGACAGCAUCUUUGCUCCACUGUCAGACAUGGACCACAUGAUGUCACACUCUUCUGAUCACAGUGACCACAUCCAAAAACCUUUGGAGAGUAAAAAUGACUCUAAAGGUGAUACGAGACAUCACACUAACAACAAACACUUUGACUGCUCUGAAUGUGGGAAAUCAUUUAGACGGAAGAGUCAUUUUACAGUACACAUGAGAACACAUACUGGAGAGAAACCUUUUACUUGCUCUGUUUGUAAGAAGAGUUUCUCCAGAAAGCCACACUUGACCACACACAUGAGAACACACACUGGAGAGAAACCUUUUACUUGCUCUGUUUGUAAGAAGAGUUUCUCCACAAAGCCACACAUGACCACACACAUGAGAACACACACCGGAGAGAAACCUUUUGCUUGCUCAGCUUGUGCUAAAAGAUUCAAAUCUAAGAGGGAAAUGAUAUUACACAUGAGAACACACACAGGUGAGAAACCUUUUAAUUGCUCUGUUUGUAAGAAGAGUUUCUCCAGAAAGGCACACAUGACCACACACAUGAGAACACACACUGGAGAGAAACCUUUUGCUUGCUCAGCUUGUGCUAAAAGAUUCAAAUCUAAGAGCGAAAUUAUAUUACACAUGAGAACACACACAGGUGAGAAACCUUUUACUUGCUCUUUUUGUAAGAAGAGUUUCUCCAGAAAGGGUGAAAUGACCACACACAUGAGAACACACACUGGAGAGAAACCUUUUGCUUGCUCAGCUUGUGCUAAAAGAUGCAACACUAAGCAGGAAAUUAUAUUACACAUGAUAACACACACAGGUGAGAAGCCUUUUACUUGCUCUGUUUGUAAGAAGAGUUUCUCCAGCAAGCAAAGCAUGACCACACACAUGAGAACACACACUGGAGAGAAACCGUUGAGUUGCUCUGCGUGUGUUAAAAGGUUCAGGUAUAAUUAUCAGGUGAGUAAACACAAGUGUUUAACAGGCAGGAAAGCUGCAGGGAUGUAAAAACACUUAAACAGUGAUUGUGCUAAAUGUAGUUUAAAAACACAGCAUGUUUAAUAAGAAUGUAUAUUUGAUGUUGUAUGUAGUGCUUCUCAUCUUCUAGUCUUAUUUGUUGUCCUGUAGUUACUUUUUAAGUUGUGUGCAUGUAUUGAAUAUUAUAUAUGUAGCUACUAUUCUAUUUUAUUUUAUCGUUAUUAUUAUCAUUUGUAUUCUUUUCACACAUUUUUUCCAUUGCAUUUUAUUGAUGUUAUUAUCCAAUUAAAAGUAUGAAUGAAUAAAAUGGUUAACAAAAUGUGGACUCUGGUAGAUUAGCAGCAUUGUUACAUCAUGGAUGUUAACUACUGCAAAACAUCAACAAAGAAGAAAAAUGCUGAAGUUAGCAACACAUCACUGAACUUUAGAGCCAUCGUGAGUGGAGUUGCUUGUUUUUAUUGCUGCAUUUGUACUUAUUUCACCUCACAUCUUCACUUUUAAUCCUAAAGUCUUCUUCACAUAUAUUGUUGUAGGCUUCUAACAUUUAUGUUUCUGAUGUGUGUGUGUAGUCUGUGGAAAGGGUUGUUGUCCCUUGUGGAUCCA